CUGUAAACGAAGCGUUUAGAUUUAAGAAGAACAGAAGAUGCAGCUUCGUCCAUCUUGCUUCCUCUAUCGUAUUCCUUUCCUAUCGCGUUAGGGUUUCCAGAAAUUCAAUUUCCCUUCAUUCCUUCAGCGUCCGUAGGCGUAGCAUCUCGCAAUUCCUCCGUUGUUUGGUAUUCGUAAUUGUUCAAAUCGAAAAAAUCGGGCCUCAAGGGAACUGAAUCUUUGGUGCAUUUGAAUUUGAAUAGCAUGCGCAUAUAAUAAAGAAAAAAAUGCAGGCUGAGACGCAAAUCUCGCUUGAUUCGAAUACUCAACUUUGUCCAGAGACUGUUGUUUCAAUUCAAAAUGGGGAUCCUGGUGUUUCCUCGUCUCUUGCAAAUGCUGUCAUGCCUCAGCAGCCAGCUCCGAAAAAACCAACCCGGCAGUGGGCUGCUUGGACUCGUCAAGAGGAGGAAAGCUUCUUCACUGCACUACGGCAAGUUGGAAAGAAUUUUGAGAAAAUCACUUGCCGUGUACAAAGUAAAAACAAGGAUCAGGUCAGGCAUUAUUACUAUCGGCUUGUGAGACGGAUGAACAAGCUUCUUGGUCCAGGAUUAUGUUUGGAUGCUAAAAACUCAAAAGAUACUAAUGCUGCAAUGCUUCGUUGGUGGUCUUUAUUAGAAAAGUACAGCUGCAAAGCCUCAAAGCUUCACCUAAAGCCCCGAAGGUUUAAAAUAUUUUUAGAAGCCUUGGAGCGCCAACUUUUGAAGGACCGGAAGAAGAAUGUAAGGAAGCGACCUUCGCAGGGAGCAAAUUGUCUUCUUCCUGCUCCUAACACAGUCUCAAAUCAAAGUAAAGCAUCAGGAAAUGAUGCCCGUGCAGUUAAACUGGUACUUGUUGACAGUCAAAAUAUGUUAAAACUAGGACCUUCAAGACCAUCAUUGAAGCGCAAUGUAAACAUGGGUGUUAGCCGUAGUAACAGUAAGGGAGAUUCAAAUACCAUGAAACCUACAAGGCAACGAAAGAAAUCUGGAACGACAGCUGCAUAUAAAAAAUGGGAGAAGGCUGCAAUUGCUGGUGUUUCUUUAGUUGCAGAUGCUGCUGAGCAUUUGGAGCGAGCUUCCACCACCAAGGAGGUUGAACCUGACCAGGAGAAUCCAGGAGAACAAUGUUCUGAUCCUGCUGAUUAUGUACUUCCCACUUUACCCACAUUUCCACAAAAUCACUUUGUUGAUAACAAUGUGCAGAAUAUUAUGAAAGUUAAGCUCCAGUUAUUCCCAAUUGAUGAACCUACUCGAAGAGCCUUGGAAAUGGAUAAGCAUAAUCCGUACCUGGAGCUUACAUUUAGUACACGAAAGAAGAUAUCAUCAAUUUUAGAGCAUCUAAACCGUAAAUGGGGUAAUUCAAGCAUAGCAAUUGGAGAAUUAAUGCUUUUUCCUUAUAAUAUUCAAAGGGAAAACUUGGUUAAUUAUCAGAGAUGGACCCAGGAAUCUACUCUUAGUGCAGCAGAUAUAUAUGCAAUGCUUGGAAGCCCGCCCAUAUUCCGUUUAAGGUAUGGUUGGUUCUCCAAUAGCGAGCUUGGGUUAUUAAAUAUGCAAGUGCAAUCCAAAAUCAGUGUGGACAAUACUAAGGAUCAGAUUGUUAAUUCGGCAUCGCUUCUUACACCAUCAACUAAUAAUCCUUCCAUGGAGCACUCUGAAGAUUGUGGAACGUCCAUGAACAGAAAUUCUCCUCUUACCACUACUUCAACUGAUUUGCCUAAUACUAGAGAUGACAACGUUUACCUGAAUACAAGCACUCUGGAAUCUUGUGAUCCUACAGCCAAUAUAUUGUGGCAUGGAAAAGAUGUUAGGGAUGGAGCUGUGACUAGACAGUUGGAAGAAAUGGAUGAGUUGAAAUUAAGCAGCGGAACAGGACUGUCAGCUAGUGAGUGGGCUGACAGCCUUACCAACAUUAGUGUAGGGGACCUACUCUCAGGAGUGUCCCAGGAUCAUGAAGAUAACCGCAUUGAUCCUCCUAUUGCUGAGAAUUGUCACAGUGUUCAGCAAAUUCCUUUUAGUAGUGAUUCUUUUGAUGCUGCUAUUGCUGCUCACAUAGCUAGACACCAGAUCAAGACGGGACAACCAACUCCGGUAUUGCAUAUGUCUUCCAUCUGGGAUGCCGAAGAAACAUGUGAUGCUUUCUUAUUUAAAAAGGAUCCUAUUCUUCGUGAAGAUGGUCCUUCUUUAUCUCCCAUCGAGUCUGAGAAAAAGGUUUCUGGAAGAAGCUUUGAGAAUUUGGAUAAGCUGUCACCUGAAAAAGAAAGGCUUGGGGAUGAUUUUGCUCAAACAGACCCUCCUCUGCCUAUGGACAGUUGCGAGUCUGAUGCAGAUAUCCAAGAUCAUUUAACAAAGGAUUUCAGUGGGCUAGCUGAUAUAUAUUGGCCUGAUUCUUUGGGACCGUUGGAUUUGGAUACACCAUCAACUAAGUACCAUAGCAAUGAUCUAAUUUUAAGUGAUAGUCUUAGCGGACUGAAUCGCUUGAUAGCCAGCAGCCUAGAUGCAUUCCAGAAUUGCUCCUUUUUUGGGUUUGACAAGAAGGAAGCACCAUCAACAGUUGAGGCCCGAGAAACUGCCACUCUUUCAGAUUUUAAAAUUGGAAGUGGUAUCUGAGACCCGACAUGAUGGGAUCUUGGUAAAGUUUUCUGUUUCCGGAUGAACUUUUCUGGUUGAAGUUUGUUAAGAAUAACGUUUUCUCUUAAACUGACUAGAGGUGUGCUUGCUGAAGAAUUGGUUUGAGCCACUUCAAUUCUUCCUGUAUAUGUUUCUCUAAUCUGGGUCUCUUCCUUUUGUACAAAAAAAAGGUCAUGGAAGGAUUUCACUGUAUCAGUCUCUCGUUCGGUUCUCUCAGCUUCUGUAGAAAUAACCUUUUUAAAGUAAACAUAUCCCUUCUUUUAUUUUAGCUUCUGUACUUUGUAUAUUAAGAAAGAAGUCUUGCAACCCUAUGGCAUAGACUUUUUUUUUUUGGGUGAUAGCUAAUGG